AAGUAAUCAAAGGCGGUCCCACAUCAGUGAGUUGACCUCACUAUGAAUGAGGAGUUUAUUGCAAGCGCACGGGAGAUCCUGCAAAUGACACAGGGGGGCCGGUCGCGCUCGCUACCAGAGAAGGGGGACAAGAUUGCCCGGUCCCUGCCGCUGGAGGAUGCUUGGCUAGAGUCUCAGAUGCUGCGCGCCAGGACAGAGGAGCUGCUCGCGCUCGUCAGUGAACCGCUCGCCGCUAAACGGUCGGAGCUACUCACAGCCGCCUGGGAGCCAGCUCGAGAUGUCGCUCGUCUCAGCGCAGUGCCUGGCAAGUUCUGGCAGUACAUGGGGUUCGAAGAGAACGGCUGCAAAUUCCUGCAUUGGGAGGAAGUCGUCAUGCUGAGUGAGAUGGGCCUGCUGCGUCUGACGGCGGAGGGCCAGCCGUGCUGCAGCCAGCAGGAGGUGCGCGCCCGCCUGCUGGCCGGCUGCGACGCCCGUGAGCGGCGCUACCGACUGUACGCGCACCUCACGCGGCUCGGCUACCGGCCCGUCCGCCACCAGGGGCCGCUGGCCACAGAGUAUGAGCGCAAGAUCCGUCUCGACCAGUACCUCCGAGAGCGCAAGGACAAACGUCACCGCACGGCCUCGCCGGGCACCAGCCCGGAUCCCAAGGUGCUGCGAACCAGCGAGGAUGCAUCCAAGGGCUCCAGUCACGCAUCUGAGCGGCAAGACCAGGAGCCUGAGCACACGUCGGAUCUCUUGGGGGUGACGCGCAAUGACGCCGGAGGUGGCCGCGACCUGGCGGUUUCAGGAGCCGUCGGCGCCGAGGACUGUUGUGCGCGGUCGUCGGCGAGUCCGACGGAGUGCUCGGAGCGCCUCGACGCCCCACUCGACGCCGGCCAGGCGCGAGGCGGAGCACCGCUCAGGCAGCUCGAUUUCACCGAAGAAAAGCGCCUGUUGCCAAACGUAAUCGGGUGCGCCACCUGGGUGAGGAUGCGGCCGCCGGACAAGGACCUACUGCCGCCUAACGUCACGCCGCGUAACGAGUACUUGCUCGACAUGGCCGCCGUGCGGCGCAGUGUGCGUGCGCCCGUCUGCAGAGAGGAAUCUCAGCGGGACAGAUAUCCGAGCUGCAUUCCCGUCUUGAAGACGCCUGCGCGCAACUGGUCCGAGUUUAAGACGUGGAUGGUCAUGCUUCCGUCAGCGGACGGCGACGGGUCGAGCCUGGUACCGGAGGACGAGCUGGACACGGGCUCGCCGGCGCUCUACACUGUCCAGCGGGGCACCCUGCCGCUCGAGACGUCCGUGCUGCACCAGGCGCUCUAG